GAAAGUGGCAGCCCCUCGGCUUGUCGCCGGAGCUGAGAACCAAGAGCUCGAAGGGGCCAUAUGACACUCCUCCCGGACCCCUGGACACACACAGCCCUGGAGACUGGAGGAAACAGAAGCACAGAGAAGUUGAGUCACUUGCCAGCUACCAGGUCAUCCCUUCCACUUAUCCGGGUCACAGACAGAGUUAUUAUGUAAACCGGAUCCCAGCUGCCUGUUCUCCCUCCCUGAGUAAGGUGGAGAGAAUUCUGAAGUCAACCCAGCCUGGGUCUGUAUCCUGCCCACCACUCACCAGCUCCUCAUCUUUGGCAACUCUAAGUCUCAGUUCCCUUAUCAUAAAAGGGAGAUGUAAACAGUCCUGAGUGCAGACAGUGUUCAGGUUAGUGCAAGAGUGUGUGUUGGGUGUGAAGUGCACAGCCAGCACGUCACAAGCACUGGAGACAAAUUCAGCUUUGCUUGUUGUGCACACUCACCAGCUGCGUGACUUUAGACUAGACCUCAGUUUUCUCAUCUGUUAUGUGGCGGUAAUGAUAGACUUUUGUGAGCAUUAAACUAGAUUAGGGGCUAUGGAGAACCUAGGUGGGUAUGAAUUGGGUAUAAUAAGCUAUCAGUUAAUUUUGCUGAUAGAUAGAUAAUUGAUUGAUUGAUCGAUAGAAGAUUCAUACCAGUAUCUACCUGCUCUGAACACUGACCUUUCUUUUUUUCUUUUUGAGAUGGUCUUGUUCUGUCACCCAGACUGGAGUGCAGUGGCAUCAUCAUAGCUCACUGCAGCCUCAGUCUCUUGGGCUUAAGGGAUCCUCCUGUCUCAGCCUCCCAAGUAGCUGGGACCACAGGCGUGCAUCCUGGAUAAUUUUUUUUUUUUCUAGAGACGGGGUCUCACUACAUUGCCCAGGCUGGUCUCAAAUUCCUGGGCUCAAGUGAUCCUCCUAACCCAGCCUCCCAAAGCGCUGGGAUUACAGGCAUGAGUGGCCAUGUUCAGCUUGAACACUGAGACUUCAUUCGCAUGUGUAACAUAAAACUGAGUAUCUAGACAAGCCAGCAUCUUUCUUUCAAGUAAUCACUAAAGCCAAUACUUUUACUUGAAAUCAUCUCAUUUAAAACUCUGAGCAAUACGUAAGGAUCACCUCAAUAACACAUGGAUCAUCACAAUAGGUGAAGGGUCUUCUCUGCCUUGGAGUAACCUGCCCAGCAAAGGGGCAGACCCAGAUUUGGGAUCUGGCAGCUGGGAGAGUGGGGAAGGUUGAGCCGUGGGGCCCUUGUCAUUCCCUCUGCCUGCCAGGAGGGGGCAUGACACAGCUCCUAGGCACCCCAGGAGCCACCGGGAACCCCAACUGGAGGGUCCUCACUGUUCUCUUGUUCCUCUGGCAGCCUUGGAGCAUGGCAAGUCCAGAGCACCCUGGGAGCCCUGGCUGCAUGGGACCCAUAACCCAGUGCACGGCAAGGACCCAGCAGGAAGCACCAGCCACUGGCCCCGACCUCCUGCGCCCAGGACCUGACGGGCACUUAGACACACACAGCGGCCUGAGCUCCAACUCCAGCAUGACCACGCGGGAGCUUCAGCAGUACUGGCAGAACGAGAAAUGCCGCUGGAAGCACGUCAAACUGCUCUUUGAGAUCGCUUCAGCUCGCAUCGAGGAGAGAAGAGUCUCUAAGUUUGUGGUGUACCAAAUCAUCGUCAUCCAGACUGGGAGCUUUGACAACAACAAGGCCGUCCUGGAACGGCGCUAUUCCGACUUCGCGAAGCUCCAGAAAGCGCUGCUGAAGACGUUCAGGGAGGAGAUCGAAGACGUGGAGUUUCCCAGGAAGUACCUGACUGGGAACUUCGCUGAGGAGAUGAUCUGUGAGCGUCGGCGCGCCCUGCAAGAGUACCUGGGCCUGCUCUACGCCAUCCGCUGCGUGCGCCGCUCCCGGGAGUUCCUGGACUUCCUCACGCGGCCAGAACUGCGCGAGGCUUUCGGCUGCCUGCGGGCCGGCCAGUACCCGCGCGCCCUGGAGCUGCUGCUGCGCGUGCUGCCGCUGCAGGAGAAGCUCACCGCCCACUGCCCUGCGGCCGCCGUCCCGGCCCUGUGCGCCGUGCUGCUGUGCCACCGCGACCUCGACCGCCCCGCCGAGGCCUUCGCGGCCGGAGAGAGGGCCCUGCAGCGCCUGCAGGCCCGGGAGGGCCAUCGCUACUAUGCGCCUCUGCUGGACGCCAUGGUCCGCCUGGCCUACGCGCUGGGCAAGGACUUCGUGUCUCUGCAGGAGAGGCUGGAGGAGAGCCAGCUCCGGAGGCCCACGCCCCGAGGCAUCACCCUGAAGGAGCUCACUGUGCGAGAAUACCUGUACUGAGCCGGCCUGGGACCCCGCAGGGAUGCUGGAGAUUUGGGGUCACCAUGGCUCACAGUGGGCUGUUUGGGGUUCUUUUUUUUUUUAUUUUUCCUUUUCUUUUUUGUUAUUUGAGACAGUCUUGCUCUGUCACCCAGACUGAAGUGCAGUGGCUCAAUUAUGUCUCACUGCAGCCUCAAACUCCUGGGCACAAGCAAUCCUCCCGCCUCGGCCUCCCAAGUAGCUGGGAUUACAGGUGCACACCACCACACCAGGCUAAUUUUUAAUUUUUUAGUAGAGACAGGGUCUCUCUGUUGCCCAGGCUGGUCUCUAACUUCUGACCUUAAAUGAUCUUCCUGCCUCAGCUUCCCAAAACACUGGGGUUACAAGUGUGAGCCACCACCCCUGGCCUGGGGUUCAUUUUUAAUGGGAAAAGCCACUGGGGGCUCUAACUCGCUGGGUGACUUUGGACAAGCCCCUCCUCUGGUCCUCAAUUUCUCCAUCUGUAUUGGACAGAGGUGCUCCUGGGACCCCUUGGAAGCCUCUGCUUGUGUCCCAUGUCCUCUUGAUGCCAGGGCCACUUCAUCUCCAAAACACAAAACCAACUGCCAAAACCGUCCAGAGCAGUGUCCACCCCACCAGUGUCUUUGUGGGAAGCUGGAGAAGAAGUUUACCUCACACAUUCUAGACAAAACUUAGUCCAUUUCCUUGAAGACAGUUCUCUCCAGCUGCUCCAAGGCUUUUCUCUCUGUUCCUUCCACCUUGGAAUUGCUUUAAAAUAUUUCCAUCCAUUAUCCUAAUACUAUCUUAGUAUUCUAGCCCUUCCCCCUUACCAUGUAGACCUGACAAAGCAAAACAAAAGCUCACCUAUUGCCCUCAAGAACAGCCUCUACACACACACACACACACACACACACACACACACACACACAAACGGUGGGAGUUGUAUGCCAUCCUUUUGAAGGGUGGGAGGACCCUGGACCAGAAAGCAAUAAUGGCAUAAGAUUCUGUGAUACCAGGCAUUUUUGGCAAGGAAAGUUGCCAACAAUUUUUCUGGCUGGGAUGGCAUAGCACAUUGUCUAGGGGUGGAUUUUCAUUCACAAGGCAGCUGUUCCCUGAAUGGCUUCCCUGGGUUAUGUAGAAACAGCCCGGGGAGGAGGUGAUACAACAUACUUAAUGGGGCCUCUGGGCAGAAAACAGACUGAAUCCUCAACACUGCCCCUUUUGAGGGUCUGUGAUCCUGGAACCUCUCUGAUGGACUGGGAUGCCCUUAACUGAGGUCUGCUGUCUGGAAAGGACACCACAGGCCCAGAAUGAAGGGGCAUCUGGACCAAUGACCUAGAUUCAACACAGGGCUUGGAGCUGGUGGUACAGGCUGGUUUUGGCCCAAUGUGUGUUGGAGGCUGGAAGCCCCUGAAGACCUAAACUGCUUGGAUGAGCUUAUUAGGGUGAAUUAAUGAGUCUGUAAUUUGGGAACCUUAAUGUGAGACACCACUUAAGGAGAAGAACUUGGCCCAGCAAGUGAUCACUCUAGAAGUGGACAGCUAUGCACUAGACUGCACCAGAAUCUGUUCAACAGCGACGCCUUGUGGUAACAACUGUAGACGCCCCAUCAGGCUGGAUGGGAAACUAGAAACAGACUGUCUCGUCUUUGGACAGAUAUCCCUCAAAUCUCCCAAUCUACUCCAGGGAAAAGACACUUCAAGUGAGAGAUAUUGGACUUCUUGAAAAUCUAGGCCUAUGGAAAAUUAAAGUGUUAAAUGGAAAAAUUAAAGAGCUAUGAGUCUAUUUGUAAUGAUGAAACA